AUGGCUAUUUUCAGAUCUUCAGCGAAGAAAGCCGAGCCUGAGUACGUGCCUCACAGAGAGGAGAACACUAAAGUCGAGGCAUCUAAUAUCCAUGAUCCCAUUUUAUCAGCAGUCAAUGAGGCUCAGCCUUUCGAGGAGGCGAACCAGGCCCAAUUUAAUGCUAGAAGACCCUCUUAUUUAUCGCAAGAAUCCGGUGACUUGAAGGAUAUUUUCGGUCAGCCCAUCGGGAACCCAGAUAUGCUGAAUCCCACCAGAUCGCGCAACGAAAGACCGUUGGACACCAUUAGAGCUUUUGAAUACGCUAUAACGGGUGACAACUCAUACCAUGACCAACUUGAGUCCCACAGACUCGGGUGGAACUUCCAUGAAGAUUUUGUCUAUAACAAUAUGAACCGCAAUGACGAGAGCGGAGGAGCCAACGGUUAUUCGCGGCCCGUGGCGUCCUUUAGUGGAGCAGAGCAGCCCAUCUACCAAGCAGCCAACUACAGCGCGUCCUCGUUAAAUCCUGAAGGCAAGAAAAAGAAGAAGGGUUUGUUUGGACGCAAAAAGAAGUAA